AUGGAGGUCAGAGCUCUCUGCAUCCGACUGGUGGGGAUCACAUUGUUGCUGCUAGUUGCACAUGUUCACCUGAGUGAUUCUCAGAAAACUGUAGCAGCUUUUCCCAAAGUUGCUCCAAACAGACAGCAACACUUUCAAUAUGAGUCCAUUGUUGUCAGCUGUGAGGGACUGGAGGGGUUGACUGGGUGGAGAGUGAUGAAGAAGAUCAAGGAAGUCUUCCUAACAUGUGCUUCAACAUCGGCUGGACCCUGUGAAAUCACCAACACCUUUUCAAUAGACAGCGGAGAAUACUGGUGUGAACAUCAAGACGUAAAGAGAAGCAACACUGUCAACAUCACUGUCACUGCUGGGUCUGUGAUCCUGGAGAGUCCUGUCCUCCCCGUAAUGGAGGGAGAAGCUGUGAAUCUGAGCUGCAGAAACAAGAUGGCGUCCGGCAACCUCAUAGCUGACUUCUUCAAAGACGGUGUUCACAUUAGGACUAGUGUUACAGGAGCGUUACCCAUCCACAGUGUUUCCAAGUCCGAUGAAGGACUCUACAAAUGUAACAUCUCUGGGGCUGGAGAAUCACCAGAGAGCUGGAUGACUGUCAAAGUAUUUGGAUCACUUCAUGAAGACAGUCACCCUUCCCACGACUGCUCCCCUCAUGGCUUCAUUGUGCUGCGGAUUUUUGGUACCAUUUUAUUGUUUGCUCUGGGGCUGGCGAUGGGACUUCAACCUCUUCGAUACCUUCCUUCCAUGCUUUCGCUUCUCAAUGAACCGGUCACAGACAGCAGAGUCACCUGUCUGAAAGCUGAAGGAAAGGUUCUGGUUGAAGGUCUCCUGUAG